UAAUCACUCAUGUGGCUGAGAGCUGUUGGCAAACGGAGUUCCUUGAGCGCUGAGAGGGGAGGAAAAAAACAGAAGAAACAGGAAGGGAGAAGACUGAGGUGGACAACUUGAGUGGGCAUUUCUCAUCAGUCACACCUCUGAGCUGAAGCCAAGACCAGUUUGCAACCUUACUGAGAAGAGAGGAGGGCAAAUCUGACAUAAGUUCAUCCUGAAGGAAACCCUUUACCUCGUCACAGUUCGUAAAGGCCGCAGACGUUUCCAUCCACCCUGCCGUCCAAGCUAGAGUAUGAUCUGCUAUCCUCGUCACCCCUGUCGCUGAUGCAGGCGAUCAGCAUGAUCUCUCACUACCCUCUGGCCACCUUCCUACCCUGGCCUACAGGCUCCUACCAUCACCACUACCCCGACCUGGACUGCACCUUACUACUGGAGGGGGAGGGAGGGGUUGCCCUGCAGAGGUACCAGCCUCGCUCCCCGGAGAGCAGCCCGCGACACUGGAGCUCAGUGCAGGACUGGGGGGAGGAAGUAGAGGACGGAGCAGUCUACAACGUGACGCUGAAGAGGGUCCAGAUUCAGCAGGCGGCCAACAAGGGAGCGAGAUGGCUGGGGGCGGAAGGGGAUCGCCUGCCUCCCGGCCACACGGUGAGCCAGCUGGAGACCUGCAAAAUCCGAAGUAUCCGUGCUGGAACGCUGGAGCGACUGGUGGAGACUUUGCUCACGGCGUUCGGAGACAACGACCUCACCUACACGUCCAUCUUCCUCUCCACCUACAGAGCCUUCGCGUGCACGCAAACCGUACUGCAGCAGCUGCUCGACAAAUAUGGAAGCAUGGAAGAAAACGAGCAAGGCGCUGACAGAUGCCACGGCUCUGAAACCACCGGCGCCAUCAGAAACACCUUGGCUUCGAUCCUGCGUGCCUGGCUCGAUCAGUGUCCCGAAGACUUCCAGGAGCCUCCAGACUACCCCUGUCUCCACAGGGUGAUGGACUACCUGCGCAAGGUUCUGCCAGGCUCAGAGGCUCUCAGAAAGGCAGAGGGUCUGCUGGAACAGCUGCAGGCUCAGGCCGGCAUGGAUGACACUGAUGCUGGUUUCCACAGCAACCAUUCAUAUAGCCUGGGGGAAGAGGAUGAAGCGGAGAUUGAGGUCCAGGAGGACUUCCUGUCGUUUGACGCCGACCUGGUGGCCGAGCAGCUGACCUACAUGGAUGCGGUGCUGUUCAAAAAGGUCGUACCCCAUCAUUGUCUGGGCUCUGUCUGGUCUCAGAGGGACAAGAAGGACAACAAGCACAGCGCUCCCACCAUCCGUGCCACCAUUACGCAGUUCAAUGCUGUCGCGGCCUGCGUGGUCAACACAGUGCUGAAGCACAGACAGCUCAGGCCUCACGUCAGAGCACGGGUCAUCCAGCGCUGGAUAGACAUCGCGCAGGAGUGCAGAAUACGGAAGAACUUCUCAUCUCUGCGAGCCAUUGUGUCGGCACUUCAGUCCAACCCUCUGUACAGACUGAAGAGAGUGUGGGCCUGCGUGCACAAAGACAGCGUGCAGACAUUCGAGGAGCUCUCCGACAUUUUCUCGGACCAUAACAACUACCUGACCAGCAGAGAGCUACUGAUGAGGGAAGGCACGUCAAAGUUUGCCAGUCUCGAGAGCUGUGCCAAAGAGCACCAGAAACGCACCCACAAGAGGCUCCAGCUGCAGAAGGAAAUGGGAGCGAUGCAGGGAACGAUACCGUACCUGGGGACUUUCCUCACCGACCUGACCAUGCUGGAUACGGCCCUGCCUGACCUAGUGGAGGGUGGUCUGAUCAACUUCGAGAAGAGACGCAGGGAGUUUGAGGUGAUCGCUCAGAUCAAGCUGCUCCAGUCGGCCUGUAACAGCUACUGUCUGACUGCAGACCCAGCUUUCCUGCGCUGGUUUAAGGGCCAGCCUCAGCUCAGCGAGGAGGAAAGCUAUGCCUUGUCUUGUGAGAUUGAAGGUCUCGGUGACAGCAGUCCGACUUUAACCAAACCUCGGAAAAGCAUGGUGAAGAGGCUCAGCUUGCUUUUUCUUGGAACAGACAGUAAUUCGGCCAGUUCUCCAGUCAGAGAGACGCCACGCUCGCCCCCUACUGGCAGCUCCGGAGAGAGCAUGGAUUCGGUCAGCGUGUCCUCCAGUGACUCCGGCAGUCCGUCGGACAGCGAGGGACUCGCCACCCCGACUCACACCUCCGACUCCCAGCAAAACAAGCUAUCAGAAUCAUCCUCCUGCACUUCACUCCACUCUAUGGACACAAACUCCUCCACAGCCAGCGUCUCCGUGAUUCCUACAUCUCCCUCCUUCCCCGGGCCUUCCUGUAUGCACCGACGCUCCAUCUCCCUCACACCCCUGUCUUCCCCGAGUCAGACUCUGGCCUAUAACACCCAGGCCCAGGACGCCUGCAUCAUAAGAGUCAGUCUGGAACACGGCAACGGAAAUCUGUACAAGAGCAUACUGCUGACCAAUCAGGAUAAGACCCCAGCUGUAAUCGCUAGAGCAAUGGCAAAGCACAACCUGGAGGUGGAGCCGGAGGAAGGAUACGAGCUGGUGCAGGUCAUCUCGGAGGAGAGAGAACUGGUGAUUCCAGACAACGCUAACGUUUUUUACGCCAUGAACACGUCGGCAAACUUUGACUUCCUGCUGCGGGUGAGGGGCUCGGCAGGCCGGCCCGUGCAGCUGCGUAGCCGAUGUAGUUCCACGCUCCCGCGGACCCAGCACCGCUCGAGCCUCUCGCUUAGACUCAGCAAAGUCACGUUGUGACCCUGCCGUGUCACCACUAACCCAGGGCGAGACACGACGGAGGGUGGACAUAUAAUUGGAUGAGGAGCUCUCUGGGAUCCAGGGUGGAACCCUCCGAGCUUUCAGACUUUCCCUCUCAUCCCGAACUGUGCCAUUCCUCGCCCAGCCUUAACGUGAACCUUGGAUGUGGAUUAAACUGCUAAUGCCUGUGACAGAGUGAAACAGUGACCCCAAGUGGCCUGAACUCUUUACUACAACAGAUAUUUUUUGCACAUGUAUUGGGAGCACCAACCUCCUGACCUCCAACAGUAUUCUGAUAUUGAAUGAACUCCUUUAUGUCUUGUGACGUACAUGUAGCUCAAGCUUUACCUUUCUCCUAAUACAAGAGUGCUGAAUGCAGAGACAGAAGAUGGAGCAGUGAAAGAAUGAAUGAAUGGACCUCUAACAGUAUUCUGAAUGAUAUUAAUAAUUGACAGAAGCUGUGAUGCCUUUGGUUUCCCUUGUCAGACAGCUACGUGUGUGUGUGUGUGUGUGUGUGUGUGUGUGUGUGUGUGUGUGUGUGUG